CCCACCACACCGGUUGCCAGGCAGAGAGCUAAUCUAAAAAAAAGAACUCAAGUGAACUGCACUCGUGUGAGUCAGGGUAGCACAGGGUAGAACGAAUGAACAACACAUUCAAAGCAAAGGGGAGGUGGGGUAUUCACUAUUUUACUCAUAUUUUAAUUCAACCCUGUGGUGACAUUUUGAAUGGGACCGCUGGCAUGAUCAACUUAGUAUAGACUACUCCUUACGACAAUGAUACGCGAAGCCUAUCCAUCCCUAUCCUACUCUGAUCAACAUCACAUGUGGAGGCGCGAGUGGACCAGAAAUUGCAGGGCAGAAACAGUUCCUGCGGCAGCACCCGCAUUGCAACACCAAGUCGAUGUUCCGUUGUACCAGCCUGGCAAGACUUGUGGUUGAAUGCUUGUGGUUCGUUUCUAUCCCCCCUCCAAAAUAACUAGACAGAUUCAGUGGACGUCACGUCCAAUCUGCAUGUGUAUGCCCUCGCAACUUGAUCGGAUGGGAGAAAUUUAGGUUGGAAGUUGGACUGAACAGCACGAUUUCUCAUCAGUGGCGCGAUAAACGUGGCAGCAGGCGAGGCAGUUUCGGAGGAGGCUGUGAAGCAACAGGAAUACCGAUUAGAAUUCAGGUUAUUUGACUGCGGUUGACAGCGGUCCCACCAUAGGAGCAAACCGACCAUCUCUAGUGCCAGAUAGUGAUGAAAAAAAUCGCCUUAACUUUCCUUAAGAACAACAUCACCUUCUCUUGUGGUCCAAUUUUGCCGUCUUUCGCCCACUUUAGGAUUGUGAACUGGAGAUAUCGCAUUAAGGAAAGGAUGAGAUGAGGGCUUCCAGCCGUUCCUGAGAGAGAGAGAGAGAGAUAUGAGGGCACAUGUGUAACGAUCAUCUGUGGUGGUAGAAGGAUCGGACCAAAGCGCAGCGUGAUGUAUGGUCGCUACACACAGGAGUUGGGGGCGUAUGCUAAAGAAGAGGCAGCUCGCCUGAGGGAGGAGGGGGUGCGGAGGCCCUCGGUCAAAGAACGCUCACGCUCCCUGGAACUUCUGGAGUACGACAGGGGCCGCUGUGCCAAGUGUCGCAUCUGUACGGUGCGCUGUCAGAAGUUCCUUAUCUCUCGUGUUGGUGAAGACUGGAUCUUCCUCAUCCUCCUCGGUCUACUGAUGGCUCUGGUCAGCUGGGUGGUCGACUUCGCUAUUGCCAUCUGUCUACAAGCACAGAAGUGGAUGUACGGAGGCCUGGAGAGUAAUGUGUUUCUCCAGUACCUGGCCUGGGUCACCUACCCUGUGGUGCUCAUCACCUUCUCAGCUGGCUUCACACAGAUACUGGCCCCACAGGCCGUAGGUUCAGGUAUCCCAGAGAUGAAGACCAUUCUGAGGGGUGUAGUGCUGAAAGAAUACCUCACCUUUAAAACCUUUGUGGCCAAAGUCAUCGGUCUCACCUGUGCCCUGGGCAGUGGCAUGCCUCUGGGCAAGGAGGGUCCGUUUGUUCACAUUGCCAGUCUGUGUGCUGCACUCCUCAGCAAAUUCAUGUCUCUGUUUGGUGGAAUCUACGAGGAGCCAAGCCUCAUUGGAAACAAGAAUGAGUCGAGGAACAUUGAGAUGUUGGCAGCUGCCUGUGCUGUGGGGGUGGGCUGCUGUUUCGCUGCACCUAUAGGAGGUGUGCUGUUCAGUAUUGAGGUAACCUCUACGUUCUUUGCGGUGAGGAAUUACUGGAGAGGGUUCUUCGCUGCCACCUUUAGUGCCUUCAUCUUCAGAGUCCUGGCCGUGUGGAAUAGAGACGAGGAGACCAUCACAGCUCUGUUUAAAACCCGUUUCCGUCUGGACUUCCCCUUUGACCUCCAGGAGCUCCCAGCCUUCGCUGUCAUUGGUAUUGCCAGUGGUUUUGGCGGGGCAUUGUUUGUCUACCUGAACAGAUUGAUAGUCCAGUUCAUCAGGAAACAGAAGACCAUCAACAAGUUCCUCAUGAAGAAGCGUCUGCUGUACCCAGCCCUGGUCACUCUGCUGGUGUCUACGCUAACCUUUCCCCCCGGCUUCGGACAGUUCAUGGCAGGCAAGCUGACCCAGAAGGAGUCGCUGGUGACGUUGCUAGACAACCGGACAUGGGCCAAGCAGGGCAUAGCUGAGGGGUUUGACUACAUCGGCAACUCCCAGGCCUGGAAUCACCCCCAGGUCAACGUCUUUGUCACCCUUGUCCUCUUCAUCGUCAUGAAGUUCUGGAUGUCUGCUCUGGCUACCACCAUCCCUGUGCCCUGUGGAGCCUUCAUGCCUGUCUUCGUCAUUGGGGCAGCUUUUGGCCGUCUGGUCGGGGAGAGCAUGGCCGCCUGGUUCCCUGAUGGCAUCCACUCUGAUGGCACCAUCUACCCCAUAGUGCCAGGAGGGUACGCCGUCGUGGGUGCGGCGGCCCUGUCUGGAGCGGUGACCCACACGGUAUCGACGGCGGUCAUUGUGUUUGAGCUGACGGGUCAGAUCAGCCACAUCCUGCCGGUGAUGAUAGCGGUGAUACUGGCCAACGCCGUGGCCCAGUCCCUCCAGCCCUCGCUAUAUGACUCCAUCAUCAGGAUCAAGAAACUACCUUACCUCCCUGAGCUGGGCUGGGGACACCACGAGAAGUAUAAUAUUCGUGUGGAGGACAUCAUGAUCAGGGAUGUGAUGUACAUCACCCUCAACUGCUGCUACAGAGACCUGCAUGAUGUACUGCUGGCCGGACACCUCAAGACCCUAGCCCUGCUCGAGUCCAGUGAGUCGAUGAUCCUGCUGGGUUCUAUUGAGCGUGCCCAGCUCCAGGCCCUCCUGUCCCUACAGCUGGGCCGGCCACGGAGGCUAGAGUACCUGAGAGACCGGGCUACUGCUGAAAUGAAGCGCCUGUCGAUGAUCUCCCACCCGGGCAGCGAGGACGGCUCCCAGAGGGUUAACCAGGAGGUCCGGUUCCAGAUCUCCACAGAGGAGUCUUCCUUCAGUUCCACCCCUACCCCCUCCAUGAAGCCACUGAAGCCGGCCCUGAAGAGACCCUCUGUGGUGGACCGCCCUCCUGAUAUACACAUGCCCACAAGUCCACAGGACCACUCUGGCAACACCUUAAAGAAUCUCUUCUGUGUCAACCCUGAGACAGAAGGCCUGGAGAACAACAAUGUCCACAUCAACAUAAAGGGCACACCAUCGAGCUCUGCGUCUCCUGAGUUUAGGAGGCCACCCAAGCGCGUCAGGAUAUCCGUUGUGGAUGACUUCGAUGUGGAUGAUGACAUGACCAUCAGAGAGAUUGCAGAGUGGGAGGAGAACCAGCUUGACGAGCAGGUGAACUUUGACAACUGCAAGAUCGACCCCGCCCCCUUCCAACUGGUGGAGCGCACCUCACUACAUAAGACCCACACCAUCUUCUCUCUGCUGGGGUUGGACCAUGCCUACGUCACCAGCAUUGGACGACUCAUCGGAGUGGUGUCCCUCAAAGAGCUGCGGAAGGCCAUCGAGGGCUCUGUGGCGGUGAAGGGGGUGAAGGUGCGCCCCCCUCUGUCCAGUUUCCGGGACAGCGGCACCAGUGGCACCAGCAGCAGUAAUAGCGAGAACGAAGCCACAGAGCUACACAAGCUGUGGGACCGCCACAAGUCCAUGUCCCUCCCCCGGGAGCACCUGGCAUCUGACUCUGACGAGAAGUCCCAGUGAGGGGGAUGGGGACUGGGAGAUGGGGACAUAUUUUUGGGAGAGGUAUAUUGGAUGGGGAUUGGGACAGGUAAAUGGAGACAGGUAUAUUGCCGAUGAGGGGGAGGAGUAGGUUGAGCGUUGACCCCCCCCCCCCACUUAGAAACCGCAACCGAUGCUGCAACCUCAUAGCUUGGAUCAAUAUUUAAUUCUGGAAUAUAGAGUUCUCGCUUCCUCUCCUUGCCUUCCUUUCCAUCCCUCUCUCCUUUACCCCUCCUCCCGGUGGGCCUUUGGGCCCUGCACUUACUCAACUCAAGGGAUUGACUCACCACAGACUGGACCCUGCUCUCCACUGGGUUUGGGGGGCCCACAACAGAAUAGAUCUGUGUGUUAGGGAGGGGAGUUAAGAUGUCACUGCUUAACAAAGUUUGUCAGAACAAAAUGUAUAGAAUGUGGUUUGACUGUAAAAGGGAUUGCAUUUUCUUUUUUUGACAACUUUGGUAUUGGUGAGGAAAUGUUCAAAGUUUGUUUGCAUUUUGUGGACCUGUAAACGUUUCUUUCUGACCAGUCUUCCAAAUGCAGACGGUUCUACGGUGAUAAGAAGAUAGGCUUGUGUACCGGUAUGGAUGUGAGUGUGUGUAUUGAUGCAUGGACCUAUUGGUUUGUAUGUAUUUACACGAAGAAGGUAGAGAAACCAACCACCUGCUUUAAUUCCUUUGUGAUUUGAAUCUUCUUAUCAGACACAUUUCAGUCUUAACAUUCCAGCUGUGUUCUACUUUGUUCCCAUCUGUUUUAGUGACCUGGAACUGGAAAUAAGUAGCCUAGUGGUUAGAGCGUUGGGCCUGUAACCGAAAGGUCGCUGGUUCGAAUACCUGAGGCAACAGGGUGACAAGUCUAUCUUUGAGCAACACUUAACCCUAAUUUGCUCCAGGUGUGGCUGACCCGGUAAAACAACAACAACACAUUUCCCUGCAACUAUCUGUGACAAUAAAAUGUCAAUUUUUUUUUUCACCUUGCCUCUGUAGAGAGAACCACAUACUGUUCUGGUCUCACAUUGGGAGAUGUCUUCACCACUCUCUCUCUGUCCUCUCCCUCUACCCCUAUUCUUUUCUGUGUUACAUUAGUGCUUGAGUCUGGGUGAGAGAAUAGUCUACUCAAUGCAAACAGAUGUACAGUAUGUAUGUAGGUAUUCUGUAGAAUGGUGAAAACAUGUGUUAACAUUUACCUUUCAGCAUGCUUCAACACACAUGCUGUGCACUCCUUUAAGAAAACACGGCCUCAAAAACACACACACAGAUUUUAAUAAGAGCCAGUCCAAGAGAAGAGGGCUUUCUCUAGGUGUAGCUCUUAAUAACCCUAACUGAGUAUGUUGGGCUAGGGAGGGGGGAGGAAGAGGGAGAGUGAAUGGAAGAAUGAAAGAUCACAGAAUGAAAGCAUUUUCUGUUAUCUAAUCUGCUGCGUUAGGGAGAUUUCUUCAAUAGAACCCAUGGUAGCUUUCUGGUUGGCCAACUUCACAUCCCCACUGUCCACUAUCCAGUUACACUACGGUGAUCAGAGUAAGGUCAGACCCAGACCACAUAGAACCAGUUUAAAUAAUGCUGACCAGUAGCCAACUGACUGAAACUAGAUAUCUGAACUAACUGACCAAUGAUCAAACACUACAGCCCAUCCAUACUGACCAAUUAGAAGCCGUCAGCAUUACCGAUCGGUGAUCUAUACAUGACCAAUGAUAAAGCACUCCAUUCCUACUACAGUAUGAGUUAUCAAUAGUCCUACUGAUAUAUAGAGCUGCCUAGAGGAGGUCUGGUUAGAUGGUUAAGAGUCUGACCUCUUGAUUUUGACUUAUUCAUGUAUUUUCCUCAUGACAGUCGCUGGCUUUUUUAAUGUGCUGCAUGGUUUCCUUAGUCAUUUGAAUGUAUUUAACUAUUAAGUAUGUUUUGCUUGGUGAUAUAAGCUCCAUACUGCACAAGCCCAGUGUGCAGCUUCCAAUCAGAUCACAUACAGUUCCUUAUUGAAUUGUCGGCAAAAAAAAAGUAAGUAUGGCCACUACUCGUUUUCUUUCAGUCUCUCACUCGCUCAUUCGCUCUCUCUCACUGAUUGAUUAACAGGCAGGGGUCAUUUUGAGGCUUCUUUCUUCCUCUCUCCUUUGUAAUGUUUGCACUGAAAGGCUUGAUGCCUCUGAAAAGGACUGAGCAGAGUCACUUCCUGUGUCAAACACUCCUUCCACCUGCAAUUGUUGUUAUUUGGAUUUUACUGUUUUCACCCAGCAAUGUCAUAAUUUCUGCUCACAUACACAAGCUCAGAGUAUCUGACUGUGGUUAUACACAUUCAGAUUCCUUAUUCAAUGCCACAUUGAAUAAAGCACACACACACACACACACACACACACACACAGUUCUUGCCUUGUUCACCACCACUGAAAAGAAAAUACACACACACACAUAUACAUAAACACACACACUAACAUGUUCACAGACUGACAUGCCCAUCCUCACAUGCAGAGAGAGACACUCACACACCUUGAGUGACAGCAUGGCUUUGCAUGAAGGAGUGCAUGUGACUUUGAAGGCUGUGUUUUCAUAUUGUUAGAACUUUGACCAACAGAACAUAUGAGAAAUAUUCUGUUGUGUAUACAGGGUUGGGUAGGUUACUUUCUAAAUGUAACCCUGUGUGUAUAUCAUUUUAAUGGACAAUGUCAAUAUGCUGAUGGCUAUUUUGUUGAAUGUUUUUAUUCUCACUUAUUUUGCAUCUUUUCUCAUUGAAUUAGUUUUGAUCUAGGUUUGAUUGGCAUUCAUUCAUCCAAUGAGCUUUAAUCAUGGCUUAUUUUGGAAAAGGAGAUGGGCUUUUUGGGGAAUGUGUGGAUUUAAAACUUUGCUAUAGGUUUACAGAUUUAACGUAUUUAACAUCAUUGCUGUAAUACAUGAUUGUUAAUUUAAAAUCUAACUGAUCUACAUUGCUAUCUAUCGAGUUGCUCUUCCUGAAACUCCUUUUUAGUUUUUGUUGCGUAUUGCUCUUCCCUGUCUGAUUGUUAUAAAAAGGUCCAAUGUUCAAUGUUUUUCCAGCCUUGCAGCAUGUACCCAACAUUUCUACAAUGUUUAUAUAUGUAAUUUGAAUAAUGCAAGUAACACUAUAAAGUAAGCAGAAUGAGACCCACUACCUGAAGUAACAGGAACAUUUAACCAACGUUUGUAGAAUGUUUAAAGGACCCACGGGUGUUCUCGUGGUCUGUAUGACAUCGUCAUUUCACAAGUGCCUACAUCAUCCUGGCCCCUGCAUGGUAACAGGGGUAGGAUAGGUUUUCUCUGUAAAUGAAUGUGAUAAGUUUGAGGGAUAGAAAUAACUACCCAUGUCUCUGCAUUUGAUAUAUAUACACACACACACGGAGGAUGUGUCAGUAUAGUGUGCAAUUAUCCAUAAUCACCAUGGCAACUCUCUGUUGUCAGUCCCCAAGCUUGCCAAAGGGACCAGCGAAAAUGCACGUUUGAUUUGCUUUAGUGUUUGUAUUUUUCAGAUGGGUUUUUCAUUAUUUUGUGUUUCUCUUUAGUCAUUUUCUUCUUAUUUUCCUUUUCCGUUGUCUAUGGCAUCAUUUACUACAAGAUAGAUAUUUUAGGGCAGGCGCAUAUUUAUUAAUAGGUGUUAAUCAAAAUAGAAGAAUCUGAUUUGUUAGUUUUUUUAUUAUUUCUAUUUGAAUGAUUAGAUUAUCAACUUGUGCAAUAAUGAUUGUUCAUCUCACUUUCUAACUAGAUUUUAAUAUAUGACUUGACAUGAAUGUAAGAACCUUAUUUUUUGUGAAGAAAUUGAAAAAUGUUAAACAAUAUGUAUGUAAUGACACACACUGUCUGUUUGGUCCCAGGCCAUUUCUGGAUUCUGCUGCUUGUACUGUCUCUGUCUGACUCUGGACUGUAUGAUGUGUUAUAGGCCCACUACGGAAACCCACUGGGGUCGAACCAGCCAGAGCUUAACAAGUCCAGUGCUAUUUUUCGCUAUUUUUUUUAAUAUCAGGGAUGAAUAAAGAAAUUUUAACAAA